CGCAUCUCCAGUGAGAGCGUCACAGACUUCGAGAGAAGGGCUCUCCAGCCACUCGCCGAGGAGCGGCUUUAUCGUCACUGACGGCACAGACAGAGCGCACUGGACUGCGCAGAGGAUGGCACAAGAUAUAUGCGCCCUAAAGAAUUUUGCCACUUAAUGAGGGAUAUCUGGAAUAAAUCUUUUAAAGUAAGGAGGGAUUUUGUUUGCAGGCUUCUGCAGAUGCAGUUUACUCGGGAAGCAGACACUUGGUGAUACUUUUAACUUGGAUAUACUUUGAAUGUUACCGAUGGAUUUCUUAAACGAUUCAAAUUUUUCCCUCGGAGACACUAAUUCAACAACAACAGCUGUAGAUGGGGCCCUUCACUGCAGUGCCGUCCUCCCAGUCAUCUUUGGCAUCAUCUGCUUUCUAGGUAUCAUAGGAAACUGUAUUGUCAUCUACACCAUCAUGAAGAAGACCAAGUGUCGCGCAAAGCAAACUGUCCCAGACAUCUUUAUUUUAAAUUUGUCAAUUGUUGAUCUCCUGAUUCUCCUUGGGAUGCCAUUCCUCAUCCACCAGCUGCUGGGCAACGGCUCCUGGCAUUUUGGAGCUGCAAUGUGUACGGUCAUCACUGCGCUUGACUCCAAUAGCCAGAUUGUCAGUACUUACAUUCUCACUGCAAUGACCUUUGACCGUUACUUGGCUACUGUCCAUCCCAUACGCUUCAACUACAUCCGCACACCGUGUGUGGCAACACUGGUCAUCGGUCUGGUGUGGUCGCUGUCUUUACUCACCAUCAUCCCUGUGUGGAUGUACGCAGGCCUGAUGCCUCUGCCAGAUGGCCUGGUGGCUUGUGCUCUCCUUCUGCCUGAUCCAGUCACCAACACAUACUGGUUUACACUUUACCAGUUCUUCUUGGCAUUUGCUAUACCUUUGGCCGUCAUCUGCCUUGUGUUCUUCAAGAUCCUCCAGCACAUGUCCACCAGCGUGGCACCGCUGCCUCCACGGAGUUUGAGGGUGCGCACCAGGAAGGUGACCCGGAUGGCAGUGGCCAUCUGCUUGGCUUUCUUCAUCUGUUGGGCCCCUUACUACAUCCUUCAGCUGGUCCAUCUAGGGGUGCAGGAGCCAAGCCUGGCUUUCACCUACACCUACAACAUAGCCAUUAGCAUGGGAUAUGCUAACAGUUGCAUCAACCCAUUCCUCUACAUUAUCCUCAGUGAGACCUUCAAGAGGCAGUUUCUCAGAGCUGUACGCCCGGUUAAUAGGAAGUUCCGUGUGAACCCGAGCACCACAGAUGGUGGCAGUGUGAGCGUGAGAAUGAUACCUGAAGGGGCUCAGCAGGAGCAUGCCUCUGAGGAGAUUGUACCACCCAAUGGUGCCCCACAAUGACAUCAAAAUAACUUCACUAUGUAUCUCUGUGGAUCUGUGUAACUGAUACUCUGAAUGGCUUAUCAGCACAUGAACACAUAUUGUCUCUGGACAGUAACAUUUCCGCAUGAACUCCAAUCAACCAUUUUAUUUAUACAAUGUGUUUGCUAUUUCAGGCAAGACCUGAAUAUGAAUGUUUUUUCCUGUCAUUCACAAUCAUGCAAAGCGCAUCAUCACUGAUUUACAUAACUGUGAAAAACUAACCAGCCUUUUCUUACUGUGCUUGAACACACUUCAGUUUAGCCAUUUCCACCUGCAAAAAACACUCACCUUUUUAUAAAUGGGACGCUCACACUAUAGUCAAAUUGGUGUUUAUAUUUUGCUGAACCCGUCUGUUCAAAGUAUUCUUUAACAUGUCUGCUGUUUGCACAUAUGCAGCAGAGAAAAAACACUCACUCAUAGUUUUCUUGAGUUGAACAUAUGCGUGACAAUCCUAUAAGCUUCCUAUGGAAAAUGAAGGGUAAAUAUUUAUUUCAACAAAUGCGCCACUUGGCUGUGUUAAAUACAAGUAAGAGGGUGAAGCAGACUGGGAGGUCUCUCAGUAUAAAAGGUGUAUUCGGACUGAAUGCAAAGUAAAUUCAUCCUGCAGCAUGUCUUUUUAGCCGUGUUUUUUAACAGCAAACGGCAAGUGGACAAGGCAUGUUGACUCCCAGUCCACCUCUUCUCUGCUCUGGUCUCUGUAUAGCUAUAAAGGAAAUUUAUACAGCUUGGGUUGUCACGCAUGAAUGUUAUAGGGGAGAAAUAUUCAACCUCUGCAGAGAUGUUUUUGCCUCAAUUCAUGGCAGCUCACACCUGUUAACUUGUCUGUAAUAUCAAUGCGUCCUUGCCGACAUGCUGUUAUGUGGUAACAAGUAAAUACUACAUUAUAAAUACGCACACAUCAACACACAUCACGUUUAAUAUAAGAAGACUGUGCACUCUCACUACACACAUUCAGUACAAUAUCACUGUGGACAUCCAUGCAGAAUACCGAGCAGAUGCUUGUUCCUAUGACAGCUUCACUGAAUGAUGGGAAGAAAUGUAUGAAAUGAGUUAUGAGCUUUAGGAGUUUGUGUAUAAAGACUUCCAAAGUUGGUCCCCACAUUUUGAUAAUACAUUCAUCGUUUGUUCUGGUGUCCCUCUGUGAUUUUUUGAUGUAAUGUCUAUGUUUGAAGAACAGACUGGAUAAUGCGACUGGAGAUAAUGUCUCCUCAGAUGAUAUCUUGUUAAAUAUCAGAAUGCAUUAGAUAUGUCUCUGCGCACAACAAUGAAAGGGAGUCCAUUAGCAGCAAAGUUUUGAGGAAUCGUGAUACAACAUUCUUAUAAACUUAUUCUCCUCUUGUGAAAAAAAAGACAGUUUGUAAUAUGACUUUUAGACAAAUGAUUGUAUGACUCAUCACAGUAGUAACAGGGCUUCAGCUUCCAAUCAGGGGUGAUUUAAAGUCCACUGUGUAGGAUUUAAAGGCAAAAAUGGUAUAUGAUAUUCAUAACUAUGUUUUCCUUCAUGUUCAUUCAUACCUUGUGUUUAUUCAUUCAUUCAUUUCUGUAACCGCUUACCCUCUUGAAGGUCGCAGGGGGAGCUGGAGCCUAUCCCAGCUGACACUGGGCGAGAGGCAGGGAACACCCUGGAUGGGUUGCCAGACUAUCACAGGGCUGACACAUAGAGACAGACAACCAUUCACACCUACAGCCAAGUUAAAGCCACCAAUUAACCCAUCCCCAACCUCCAUGUCUGUGGACUGUGGGAGGAAGCCGGAGUGCACGGAGAAAUCCCACGCUGACACAGGGAGAACAUGCCUCUACCAGAACUCCACACAAAAGGGCUCCCUCCCGGGAUCAACUGCUGUGAGGCGACAGUGCUAACUACUACACCACCGCACCGCCUACCGUGUGUUUAGAUAAAGAUGAAAUAAACAAAACAAAAACUAUAUUAUGGCUCAAACAAUUACCUUAGAAUGAGCUGUUUUUAUCCGCCUAUGGCGCAGGUCCUUUCCCACAGAGUCUGCCAAAUUGUUUCUACAGUAGCCCAGAACGGACAAACAGAGAUACGGCCAUUAGUGUUUUCUUGUUUUUAUGUCGGCCACUGUAGUUCUCCUACAUGUUUGGCACAUGGGAGAUGUCCUGCAACCUGACUGCUAGAUGCCACAAAAUCCUACACACUGGGCCUUUUCUCUUGUUUGAACAGUGCGAUAAAACAACAAAUACAUACAGAAUUUGGUUAAAAACCCAAAAGAACUCACCUCUACUAGGCAGUUUAGGGUUUGAACCAUACUGUGAAAAUAAUGGAUGUAGCUAACGUGAUGUCACCCAUUGGUUUGUGGACUCCCAUUUUGGAUCCUUGAAUUUGGCACUUCAGCUGUUGCCAUCUUGGUUUUUUGGAGCCAGAAAUGACCACAUUUGAGUAAGAGGGUAGAGUUGUGGUAGAGUGAGGGUUGGAUCUGACUGAGAAGCCAAGGACACAAUCAGCAGACUACCUGUCACUCAAAGCAGCCCACCCUUAGUUUUGUGAAACUUUAAGCCUUAAUGAAAUGUAAAUGUGUAAGUUAUAAAAAAAAAAUUCAACCCUGUACAGUUGUCAUGAAGGUUGAAAUUAGCUAUAAAGAUCAACACUGCUUUUUGUACCAGGCUGUAAACCUGCCGUGAAGUUGUCCAUUUUAACACGGGUGUCUAUAAGGAUUGACUGGCUUCUGGAGCCAGCCUCAAGUGGUUAUUAGAGGAACUGCAGUUUUUGGCACUUUGUGCUGGCCUUAAUUUUUCAACCCCAUAGGGCUGCUGCGUGGUUUGAACCCACUGGCUUGCUUGGGCCCUUCUUUGUGAAGUUUGCAUGCAGUUCCUGUUCUCCUUGGGUUCUCCAUCUCUUUGCCGCAGACCAAAGACAUGCAAGUUAGGCUAACUGUUGAUUCUAAAUUGCAUUGGUUGUGAGAGCUUGGGGUUUUGUCAUUUUUCUGAAACAAUUCCACAAAAAAUGCUGACACUGGAAGAAUCCUUGCAAAUCUGAUUCACCGAACUUAGCAUGAAUAAAAAUAAUGCAAUUGAGAGACAUUUUUACAAGCCCAAAGAAGAAAAAAAUCUACAAGCAUCAAAGAUUGUGGAAAGGGUCAUCUGUCAAGCAGUGAAAGUUGCUGCAUUUUCAGUAUUGAUUCAAUGUGAAGUUCAAGGCCACGAAUAUCAAUGAAGGGCUGUACUCUGGAUAUCUGAGUGGAUAUGUCAAAUCUAUAACAGCCAUUUAGCCAAUGAUGUGUUGUAAUGUUGUCGUACUGAUAUCAAGUCAUAUUAUAAUUUGAUAUGUAUAUUUACGAUGCUGUAAUUAUAUGUUUGAGAAGGGUUAUUCAUGUAAAUAUAAAAUAUGUUUAACACUGGAUAUGAAACUCAGGGUUUCUCAACCUUUUUCUUGCCUGUGACCCAGUUCUCAGUCUUGAUUUGAUGCCAGCAAUUAGAGUUGUGAAGUUUUCGUAGGAGUUGCCUAUUUUUGUAUUGCAUUUUUAAGCGGGCAAAGGGAACUCUGAAUGGACUGCACACAGAAGUUAUGAUAUAGAUUAACCUUUUUUUAAAAUUAAAAACUAAAUCAAACACUUCUCUUCGUCUUAAAAAUCCCCCACCUGUUAAUCAAACCACACCCUGUGGGGUCCUGACACCAAGGAUGAGAAACUCUGGUGUAACUGUUGUUUGUUAUGAAGCAAAAAGAAAAAAAAUGUUAAUGACAAAACAUGAGCAGCUUUGCUUUAUUUGCUUAAUCGUCGAUGAAAACAAUACGU